GACAGUGGGCAUGAACCAAUCUGGGCUGUCGGUGGGUGGUGCAGACAGUCUAGGCUAGGAGACACUCCAGGAAGUAAGACCCACUAGUCAUCCAUCCUGUGUUUCUGGGAACCCCACUUUCCUCUGUGUUUCUCUCAGUUUCUGCUGAUUUGGACUUUGGAGAGGAGACGUCAGGAAGUUCAGCACUGGAUGGAGUAUGGAGCAGUGCUGUCAAGCGAAACAACUUUGCCAGUGGAUCUCAGUCAUAGUCUCAAACUGGUACUGUGAUUUCUCUUCAUUUUCUGUCCUGAGAAGGAAUUGAGAGGAGGAGGAAGGAAUGGCAGUUUCUCAGUGCUCAGUGACCUAUGAAGAUAUAACUGUGGUAUUCACUCAAGAGGAGUGGACACUAUUAAAUCCUUCAGAGAAGAAACUCUACAGAGAUGUGUUGUGGGAAAACCAUAGGAAUUUUCUCUCAAUAGGAAAAUUACUAGAUGACCAUUCCACCAAUAAGCAGCACCAUAACCACCAAGGAAGUAAACAAAGAAAUAUCGUCAGUUAUCUUCAGCUACAUGAAAGAAUUCACAAUGGAGAGAAAGCCUAUGAAUGCAGACAAUGUAGUAAAGCAUUCAGGUUAGCCAGUCAUCUUAUGGUACAUGAAAGAAGUCACAUUGGAGAGAAACCCUAUGAAUGGAAACAGUGUAGGAAAAUAUUCAAUGGGGCCAGUGAUCUUAGGGUAUAUGAUAGAACUCACAGUGGAGAGAAACCCUAUGAAUGUAGACAAUGUAGUAAAGCAUUCAGUCAGGCCAGUCAUCUUCAGAGACAUGAAGGAACUCAUAGUGGAGAGAAACCCUAUGAAUGUAAACAAUGUAGGAAAACAUUCAGUCAGUCCAGUGCACUUAGGAUACAUGAAAGAACUCACACUGGAGAGAAACCCUAUGAAUGUAAACAAUGUAGUAAAGCAUUCAGUCAGGCCAGUCAUCUUCAGAGACAUAAAGGAACUCACAGUGGAGAGAAACCCUAUAUAUGUAAACAAUGUAGUAAAGCAUUCAGUCAGGCUGGUCAUCUUCAGAGCCAUGAAGGAACUCACAGUGGAGAGAAACCCUAUGAAUGUAAACAAUGUAGGAAAACAUUCAGUUGGCCCAGUCAUCUUCAGAGACAUGAACAAACUCACAGUGGAGAGAAACCCUAUGAAUGUAAACAAUGUAGGAAAACAUUCAGACAGUCCAGUGUACUUAGGGUACAUGAAAGAACUCACAGUGGAGAGAAACCCUAUGAAUGUAAACAAUGUGGUAAAGCAUUCAAUCAGGCUGGUCAUCUUCAGAGACAUGAAGGAACUCACAGUAGAGAGAAACAGUAUGAAUGUAAACAAUGUAGGAAAACAUUCAGUAGUGCCAGUCAUCUUAAGGUACAUGAAAGAAAUCACAGUGGAGAGAAACCCUACAAAUGUAAACAAUGUAGUAAAGCAUUCAGGUGGGCCAGUUAUCUUAGGAUACAUGAAAGAACUCACAGUGGAGAGAAACCCUAUGAAUGUAAACAAUGUAGUAAAGCAUUCAGUUUGGCCAGUUAUCUUAGGCUACAUGAAAGAAUUCACAGUGGAGAGAAACCCUAUGAAUGUAGACAAUGUAGUAAAGCAUUCACCUGGGCCCGUAAUCUUCAGAGACAUGAAAGAACUCACAGUGGGAGAAACCUUAUUAAUGUAAACAAUGUAGGAAAACAUUCAGUCGGGCCAGUCAUCUAAGGGUACAUGAAAGAAGUCACAGUGGAGAGAAACCCUAUGAAUGUAAACAAUGUAGGAAAUCAUUCAGCCGGCCAGUCAUCUUAGGGUACAUGAAAGAACUCAGUGGAGAGAAAUCCUAUAUAUGUAAGCAAUAGAAAAGACAGGGAAAAAAAAAAUCAAUGGAGCCAGUACCACCUCACCAUGGUUCACUUCAAUCAGUGUUACACAAGCUCCUGCACUAAAUCUGGUCCCCAGAUCAAAUUGUUGGGGUUUAUAGUUAACAAUAUAUGGUUAUAUAUCAGCAGAGUUCAGAAUUAAAGUCACUGGGAAACAAGUCUUCAGACUGUGAAGCAGAAUGAAGUGACCUGAGGGCAUGCAGAUGGUUUUUACAGGGUAGAACAGGCCCACUGAAUUGUAGUCGUGGCUUAUUUUACUGAUCAACAACAUGAAAGAUGACUACUAUAUGAACUCACUCAACUGGAAUUCAUAUAACGAGUUCCAGAACUUGCCCAAAAGAAAGAUUUAAAAAAAAAAAAAAACCAGAAACAAAGGGACCGUGUCUAUUACAUUAUAAGAACUGUAAUUGUUAUCUUUGAGAAAUUGGGAACAUAAAACUUUGAUGUUGGAUGUGGUGUGGAUCCAUACUCUGUAACUUUACUAUCUGGAAUUCCACUAUUAAUCACAAAUAAAAAUUGCAUAAAAUCAUUUCUCGAUAUAUUUUGAAUUGUUCAUCUGAGUAUUAAAUUUAUAUAUGCACACAUUUAUACCCAAACUGUAUAUACCGCUGAAUUGCCUUGUCCAUCCCAAAAUAU